GCCGAGUAACCUGGUUCUGCGGCGCCGGGCCGGCCCUGCUCCCGCUGCUCGCUCUUUUUGUUUUUCCCUCCUUUCCCCUUUUCUUUUCCUCCCCUUUCCCUCCCCUUCCUUCUUCUCCUCCCCCUUCCCCCGACAGCGCAGCCGGGGCUCGGGCUCGCCUCCUUCGCCCCCCUUUUCCCUCCCCUCGAGCUGCCGCCGCGGUAGGGACCUGGAGAGAGGCGCCGCCUCCGCCGCCGCACACGGAGACAUGUACCCGGGAGCCACCUCCGCCGGACCCGUGCUUGCACCUCCUCCACCGUUGCCACCACCAGUACAGGGAUAUGCCUUUAAACCCCCUCCUCGACCAGAUUUUGGCACUUCUGGGAGAACAAUCAAACUGCAGGCCAACUUCUUUGAAAUGGACAUUCCUAAAAUAGAUAUCUACCAUUAUGAAUUGGAUAUAAAGCCAGAAAAAUGCCCUAGAAGAGUUAACAGGGAAAUAGUGGAACAUAUGGUUCAGCACUUUAAAACCCAGAUUUUUGGGGAUCGCAAACCAGUGUUUGAUGGAAGAAAAAACCUUUAUACUGCUAUGCCGCUUCCCAUUGGGAGAGAUAAACAGGUGGAGCUGGAGGUCACGCUGCCAGGAGAAGGAAAGGACAGAAUAUUUAAGGUGGCUAUAAAGUGGAUGUCCUGUGUGAGUUUGCAGGCAUUACAUGAUGCUCUUUCUGGUCGGCUGCCGGGUGUCCCAUUUGAAACCAUCCAGGCACUGGAUGUAGUGAUGAGGCACUUGCCUUCCAUGAGAUAUACUCCUGUGGGGCGAUCUUUUUUUACAGCAUCAGAAGGGUGCUCCAAUCCAUUGGGUGGUGGCAGAGAAGUUUGGUUUGGCUUCCAUCAAUCAGUCAGACCUUCAUUAUGGAAAAUGAUGUUAAAUAUUGAUGUGUCUGCAACUGCAUUUUACAAAGCACAGCCAGUUAUUGAGUUCGUGUGUGAAGUUUUGGACUUCAAAAGUAUUGAAGAGCAACAAAAACCUCUGACAGAUUCCCAAAGGGUAAAGUUUACCAAAGAAAUAAAAGGUCUGAAGGUGGAGAUAACGCACUGUGGACAGAUGAAAAGAAAGUACAGAGUGUGCAAUGUCACCAGACGUCCAGCAAGUCACCAAACAUUCCCACUUCAGCAGGAGAAUGGACAAACAGUUGAAUGCACUGUAGCUCAGUAUUUUAAGGACAGGCACAAAUUAGUUUUACGCUAUCCUCACCUUCCAUGUUUACAAGUUGGACAGGAGCAGAAACACACAUACCUCCCUCUUGAGGUGUGCAACAUAGUGGCAGGACAAAGAUGCAUAAAGAAACUCACUGACAAUCAAACUUCCACUAUGAUUCGAGCAACUGCCAGAUCAGCACCUGACCGUCAAGAAGAGAUUAGCAAAUUGAUGCGGAGCGCGAGUUUCAAUACUGACCCUUAUGUUCGUGAGUUUGGAAUCAUGGUCAAAGAUGAAAUGACAGAUGUGACUGGUCGAGUCCUGCAGCCUCCUUCCAUCCUCUAUGGAGGCAGGAAUAAAGCAAUUGCUACACCAGUUCAAGGAGUCUGGGACAUGAGGAAUAAACAGUUUCACACUGGAAUUGAGAUAAAGGUUUGGGCAAUCGCGUGCUUUGCUCCCCAGCGCCAGUGCACUGAAGUUCAUCUUAAGUCCUUUACAGAACAACUGAGGAAGAUUUCCAGAGAUGCAGGAAUGCCAAUCCAGGGGCAGCCGUGCUUCUGUAAAUAUGCCCAGGGAGCUGACAGUGUGGAGCCCAUGUUCAGACACCUCAAGAACACUUACACUGGGUUGCAGCUCGUGGUAGUAAUUUUGCCAGGAAAAACACCAGUCUAUGCGGAGGUGAAGCGUGUGGGUGACACGGUGCUGGGGAUGGCUACACAGUGCGUCCAGAUGAAAAACGUGCAAAGAACAACGCCACAGACUCUGUCCAACCUUUGCUUGAAAAUCAAUGUCAAGCUAGGAGGCGUGAAUAACAUUCUACUGCCACAGGGAAGACCACCAGUGUUUCAACAGCCCGUCAUAUUCCUUGGUGCAGAUGUAACUCAUCCUCCAGCUGGAGAUGGAAAAAAGCCUUCCAUUGCUGCAGUUGUAGGAAGCAUGGAUGCUCAUCCUAACCGAUACUGUGCCACUGUUCGGGUCCAGCAGCACCGCCAAGAAAUCAUCCAGGAUUUGGCUGCCAUGGUCAGGGAGCUGCUUAUUCAGUUCUACAAAUCAACUCGAUUUAAACCAACUCGUAUCAUCUUCUACAGAGAUGGUGUUUCCGAGGGGCAGUUUCAGCAGGUCCUCCAUCAUGAGUUGCUGGCUAUCAGAGAAGCAUGCAUUAAACUAGAAAAGGAUUACCAGCCUGGAAUUACUUUCAUAGUUGUGCAGAAAAGGCAUCACACCAGACUCUUCUGUACAGAUAAAAAUGAACGGGUUGGAAAAAGUGGAAACAUUCCGGCUGGUACCACAGUGGACACAAAAAUCACCCAUCCAUCCGAGUUUGACUUUUACCUGUGUAGUCACGCUGGUAUUCAGGGAACAAGCAGACCUUCUCAUUACCAUGUCCUCUGGGAUGACAAUCGUUUCUCUUCAGAUGAACUGCAGAUUCUCACCUAUCAGCUGUGUCACACAUAUGUACGUUGUACCCGUUCUGUUUCCAUCCCUGCACCAGCAUAUUAUGCUCAUCUGGUUGCCUUCAGAGCCCGGUAUCAUCUGGUGGAUAAAGAACACGAUAGUGCUGAAGGAAGCCACACCUCCGGUCAGAGUAAUGGCAGAGAUCAUCAAGCACUUGCUAAAGCAGUUCAAGUCCAUCAGGACACGUUGCGCACUAUGUACUUUGCUUGACAUGUUUUAAUGUUUAGCAACUCAGUACAGUACAGAGUUGGAUUCACAUGAGACCAGCUGCACUUAGACCAACAGUUGCCCAAGCUACAGUGACAGCCAGCAAUGAGUGAUGCAUCUGAAUUCUUUUCCUUUCCCAUUUACAAGCAAGUCUUCCGUCCAGAAUUUCAGACUCGAUUAUGAACUGCGUUCUUGUACCAAACCCCACUAUUGUUAGAAAUGUGGUUUGCCAAAAGUCUCUAAGCUGCUUGCUAUAAAACAGACCCUUAUUUUAUAAUUGAAUCAAGAGCUGUGAUCUCAGGGCUUAGGGAAAAAACAAAAAACCAACCCCCAAACCUCCUCAUUCAGUUUGCUAUUCAUUGAAUCGCUUUAACUAAUUUGGAAAGAUCUAAUUCAUACUCGAGUUUGGGCUAAAAUACCAGGAAUUAGCUUUUAAUACAAAGGAAAGCAAAGC